AUGAUGGAGAAGCUGGGGAUCUUGGUUGCUGUUGCAGUGUUUCUGGAGACGGUGUCUGCCGCCUCUCUUGGGGUGGUCUACACGGAAGGCGGCAUGGUAGAGGGUGAAAAUAUCCGUCUUGGGUUCCGUCACCACAUGGACAUUUUCAAAGGGGUUCCAUUUGCCGACAUUCCUGGAAGGUUUGAGAAACCGCACCGUCACCCUGGUUGGGAUGGUAUUCUGAAGGCAACUGAAUACAGAAAGAGGUGUCUUCAGUUGAACGUGAUCAUGACUGACACGAGAGGAAGUGAGGACUGUCUUUACCUAAAUAUCUGGGUUCCUCAUGGCCGAUCAGUGUCCACCAAUCUACCGGUCAUGGUCUGGAUCUACGGUGGUGGCUUCCUGGCUGGAGGUUCGAUGGGUGCUAACUUUCUGGAUAAUUAUCUCUACGAUGGGCAAGAGAUUGCAGCCAGAGGAAAUGUCAUAGUGGUGACGCUAGGAUACCGUGUCGGAACACUAGGCUUCCUCAGCACAGGAGACUCAAGUUUACCAGGGAACUACGGUCUUUGGGAUCAGCAGGCCGCUAUUGCCUGGGUUCACAGAAACAUCCGCUCAUUUGGAGGAGACCCGGACAACAUCACGGUCUUUGGAGAGUCUGCAGGUGGUGCUAGUGUGAGCUUUCAGACGCUCACUCCCCACAACAAGGGAAUGAUCAAGAGAGCCAUCUCCCAGAGUGGUGUCGCCCUUUGCCCUUGGGGUAUCAUCAAGAACCCCCGCAAGAUCGCAGAGGAGAUUGCAAUUAAGGUCAAAUGCCCCACGGAUGCGAGAAUGGCAGCUUGUUUAAAGAUGACUGAUCCAGUGUUGCUCACAAAAGCAGGCGCUCUCAACUUGUCCAGCUCACCUGAUGCCCCACUUGUAAACAACUUGGUCCUAUCAGCUGUAAUUGAUGGUGAUUUCCUGCCUGAUGAGCCUUCAAAAUUGUUCCACAAUGCUGCUGCUAUCGACUACAUUGCUGGAGUCAAUGACAUGGAUGGACAUUUUUUCACUGCAAUUGAUGUCCCUUCAAUCAACUCCCACCUAGUGGACACACCCAUUGAUGACAUGAAGAGGCUGCUGGCUACAUAUACUAAAGACCAGGGCAAGCUGGGUUUGGAUAACGCAUACGCCACGUACACUUCAACAUGGGCAGCCAGUCCUAGCAAGGAGGACAUUAAGAGAACAAUUGUAGAUGUUGGAACAGAUUACAUCUUCUUGGUCCCUACACAGGCUGCCCUUUACCUUCAUGCUGCUAAUGCCACAUCUGGUCGCACCUACUCCUAUCUGUUUUCUGAGCCAAACCGCAUGGGCGGUAUUGGUCGGCCGUAUCCCAGCUGGAUGGGAGCGGACCACGCUGAUGACCUGCAGUAUGUCUUUGGAAAGCCUCUUACCUCACCGCUGGGAUACUGGCCUCGCCACCGUGAUCUUGCUCGCUACAUGAUUGCCUAUUGGACCAACUUUGCGAAAACUGGAGACCCCAACAAAGGAGACUUGAGCGUUCCUACCACCUGGCCUAGAUUUACUAAUGGACACCAAUAUCUGGAGAUCAACCACAGUAUGGAUAAGAACUAUGUACGACAGAAGAUGAGGAUGCGUUACGUACAUUUUUGGACAAGCGUCUUGCCCAACCUCCCAAUAAACAUCUCGGAAUGA